CGGCAUUGCGGUCAGUCUUGAGUUGCGACCGCGCCGUCGCAAGGCUGCAAACCUCCACCAUCACUGUUCCACACAGCCGUACGAGCAUCUAUCGCCAGCCGUCUUCAACAUGGACACUGCGACGCCCAACAUCACCCACGUUGAGUCACCCAGCCCCUGGGCUGCUUCAGGACACCUCAGAUACAUUGCGCUCAUGCCCGAGUCCUUGGCAAGCUCUACCGCGGCUGUGGCUCUCAUCGCGGGCUGGAUUGCCUUGUGCGCCUUUCUCCGCUUCAGACGCAUCACCAACCUGCGCAGCCAAAUGGGCUUCACCGAUCGUCGGUCCCUGGCGCGCAUGACCAACGACCAGGCCCAUCUCAUCCUCAAGAACAUCAUAGAUUUAGAGUUCCCCAAAAUGUACAUACUGUCUCUCCAGUUUGCCAUCUUCAAGACUUAUGGCUUCGAGUCCAUGUCAAGACUCAUCGUCGCGACCAAGAACUUGGCCGAUCCCGCCAACGCCAAGAAGAGAUAUGAAGAUACCACUAUUCUCUUUGGAGAAUUCUCCCUGAACCCUCCCACCUCAGACCGCGCCCUCAAGGCCAUAUCGCGUAUGAACUACCUCCACAGCCGAUACGUAGCCGCCGGCCAGAUCUCCAACGCAGACUUCCUCUACACCCUGUCCGUCUGCAUCACCGAGCCCAUCCGCUUCAUGCGUCUAUAUGAGUGGAGAGCUCUGACCGAUAUGGAGGUCUGCGCAAUCGGCACCCACUGGAAGUCCAUUGGCGACGCCAUGGGCAUACAGUACAAGGGCUUCCUCAGCCAGGAGUCGUGGGCCGACGGUAUCGAGUUCGUUGACGACAUCACUCCCUGGGCCGCCCGAUACGAGGUCGACGCCAUGAAACCCUCCAAGCUUAACUUCCAGGCCAGCUCCCAGUUGGUUGAAAUGAUGCUCUUCCACGUCCCGAAUUUUGCCCAGCCGUUUGCUCGGGAGGUACUCUACGUUCUCAUGGGAGACCGCGUUCGCGCCGCUUUCUGCUUCCCCGAGCCCGGCAUCGUCGCAGCCCUCGCCGCCUACGCAGCCCUCGUCACCCGUCGCUUCAUCGUCCGCCGUCUCAUGCUCCCACGCCUUACCCCCCUCGUCUACUUCUCGAGCCCAGACCCAAACACGGGUCGCAUCCUGCAUCACGACUACCUCGUCCACCCGUACUACAACCCCGCCACUUUCUGGAACCGCUGGGGCCCUAUCGGCCUGGUGACCCGGCUCCUAGGAGGGACGGUCCCUGGCCCCGACAAGAUGAUGCCGCAGGGCUUCUUGUUCGAGGACAUCGGCCCCCAGGAGAAAAUGGGCAAGGGCUCUGCCGAGAUGGCGCAGGGUGUUGAGGCGCUGAAGGGCCGGGGCCGUGAUGCCUGCCCUUUCUUUUGACUGUCGAGGACCCUGGAAUCAACGGAGCUGGGCCUUUUUUUCUUUUUCUUUUUUUACUUUUCUGGUGGCCAUGAAGGAUGAGGGUCUCGCAGGUUGCCAACAGGAUCAUCAUUACAAGCGUGCACAGUGCGCGAGCCACCCGAGGAGGAUGAUUGGGUUUGGUCGGACCACUCGAGGCGAAGAAAGAUACAUUUAGUGUUAUUGUAUCUUGGUUUCUUCAAAUCAUGAAAUCCAACUCUCGAUCCAUCU